AUGAACCAGAUCCUCUUCCUACGUGCCCAAACAGAAUCAGAGCCAGGAGAAGCACCCACUCCCGACGAAUAUGAAACCGCAGCAUCCGAUGCAGGCUACUCUAGCACAUGUAUACCCAUCCUCUCAUCCAAUCUCGUAGAAUCCAAACUUGCGGAGCUUGAUCGCAUUUUACUUGAACAGCCAGAAUGUCGUGGUAUCAUAGCUACCAGUAAACGAGGUGUCGAAGCAUUGCAGACCUGUAUUGGGAGGAUUGCGAGUCGUCGUGUUGAAUGGACGUGCGAAUCAUCAUGGAAACAAAUACCAGUAUAUACUGUUGGGCCAUCUACAGCUCGCAUCAUCACGCAAUGCGGGUUUACGCCGCUGGGGUCUGACACUGGUCGAGCUGCCAAGCUAGCGAAGCUCAUCAUAUCUGAUACUGAAAAGGAAUCGUCUACUACAUCUCCGUAUAUAAUGUUGUGUGGUGACAAACGACGUGAUGAACUCCCAUCGCAAUUGACAAACGCCAAAAUACCGUUUAUGGAAUUGAUUGUAUACGAGACUGGUCCAAAUCCGGUAUUCGAGCAAGAACUUGUGAAGACAUACGAAGGGACGGACGUGUCACAGCCAGCAUGGAUUGUAUUCUUUAGUCCAUCUGGUGUUGAUUUCGCGUUGGAGCCAUUGAAGAGACAAGUAUGGUGGCAGGAUGUUAGAAUAGGUGCCAUAGGUCCGACUACUAGUGCCAGAUUAAAACAGCUGGACCUGAAAGUAGAUGUCGAAUCGCCAAAACCAACUGCAAUAGAUUUGAUCCAGGCCAUUAGAGAUGCCGUGACGACACACACACUAUAG